AUGACCAACAGCUCGAGCCUUGUGUUGUCUCAAACCAAUGGCCGCCACAUACUUUGGAUGGCAAACACAAUUACUGGCAGCAACUCUUCAGCCAAACUUCUCAACAGUGGCAAUCUUGUAGUCCUAUCAUCAGACGGUGCCAUGUUAUGGCAGAGCUUCGAAAACCCAAGCGACGUCGUCCUUGCUGGUAUGCCUAUGCAGGACACCCACAAGACACACCCACCAUGGCGGAUCAUCUCUUGGAAGGGCCCUGAUGAUCCGUCAAAAGGCAGGUUCUCUGCUGGGAAAGACCUUGCCACUCCCCUACAGUACUUCGUCUGGGAUGGGUCAGUGCCAUACCGGCGUGCUCCAGUGUGGAACAGCUAUGUAUACUCCAACAUGGAACUGCAGACCGUUAGUUCGCUCAUGUAUUUGACAAUUAACAAGGGCACGGACGAUGAGACCUAUUCAACAUUUGGACUAUCAGAUGGCUCCUCCAGGAUAUUUUACAAGGUUGACUACUCCGGAAAGACGAUGCUGUUGAGAUGGAAUACCAGCUUGACAGAUUGGACCGCCCUUCAACAGUUGUCAGCUUACGAGUGCAAUCUCGAUGGAUAUUGUGGUGCAUACGGCUACUGCGACAACACAGAGGCAACUCCCACAUGCAAGUGCCUUGAUGAGUUUGUCCCUAGUAACAAAACAGAGUGGGUUAGAGGCAGUUUUUUUCAUGGUUGCCGGCGAAAGGAGGAACUACAAUGUGGUGGAGAGGACCGUUUCUUGACCUUGCCAGCAAUGAAGGUGCCAGACAAAUUCAUACGCCUGUGGAAUAAAAGCUAUGAUGACUGUGCAGUGGAGUGCAGCAAAAAUUGCUCAUGUGUAGCGUAUGCUUAUGCUAAUCUAAGCACCAGCAACAUUGAUGGGGAUGCAACAAGGUGCCUGCUGUGGACCAGGGAGCUGAUUGACGUGGAGAAGGGUGGCGCCGUCGGCAAUGAGAACCUGUAUCUCCGGCUUACUGCCUUGUCAAGCAAAGGGCGAAAGAGCAUCGUAAUAAAAGUUAUACCAGCAAUGUCAGCAAGUGUGUUGCUGAUACUUCUAUUGGCAUGCCUUGUAUGGUUCCACAAGUUUAAAGGCAAACAUGACAAAAAAGAAAGACUGAAGAGACCGAUGAUGGGGGAUUUGCGCGUUAGUGAUGGACUUGGAGAGGAAACUCAUGAACUUCCAUUUAUUAGCUUUGAGGAAAUAGUCGAUGCAACAAACAACUUCUCUAUGUACAAUUUACUCGGAGAAGGUGGCUUUGGCAAGUUUACAAGGCUGAGUAGAGGUGCUAGGCAGGGGGUAAUAGAAUUCAGGAAUGAAGUAGUUGUGAUUGCUAAACUGCAACACAAAAACCUUGUAAGGCUUCUCUGUUAUUGUGUGCAGGGUGAUGAAAAGCUACUUAUUUAUGAGUAUCUACCAAACAAAAGCCUGGACACCUUCCUUUUCAAUUCUGAAAAGAAGCCAAUGCUUCAUUGGCCGACACGAUUCAAUAUAAUAAAAGGAGUGGCUAGAGGGCUACUCUAUCUCCAUCAAGAUUCAAGACUGAUGAUAAUUCAUAGGGAACUCAAAACAAGCAACAUUUUGCUAGGUGGAGACAUGAAUCCCAAGAUAUCUGAUUUUGGAAUGGCAAGAAUCUUUGGCGGAGAUGAGCAAAAGCAAACACUAACCGAGUUGUCGGAACAUACGGUUAUAUGUCAACGGAAUAUGCAAUGGAAGGCCUCUUUUCUGUUAAGUCUGAUGUCUAUAGCUUCGGGGUAUUGCUCUUGGAAACUGUAA